AUCCGUCCACACUCUCCUUCAACUCACUCACCUUUUCAACGGCUGCGACUCUUACCUCGAUAAACCGACAACUUCGAGCAUAACACAGGCAAAGCAACUGCAUCCCACACGUCGAUGUUAGAAGUCUCUUCUGAGCCCAAAACCUCGUCCGGGGAGGAUUAGCAAGCAGAACAGCAAGCAUGCCUGAUACCGAGCCCUCUGACUUCACCAGUUUCACGGAGGUUGACUGGAAGCGACAAGAAGAAGAGGAUCAGGCUGUUCUUGGCGCCAUCCUCCAGGCCCGGCCUGGUGAAGAGACCCUCUACGACCUUUCGCGCCCUCUGGAGGUUGGCGAGAAGGCUGACGAUGCGGAGGACUACGAGGACAUAAGUGAUGAUGACUUGCCAGAAGAGGAAGAGGUAUCAGGCCCAAGUGGAGGCGACGUACCAGCCUUGACAGAUGAUGGAGGAACUAGCAAUGAUGUGGACGAUCUCUUCGGUGACGAUGAGGGAGAGGAUCACGACGCCCUUUUCGAAGCACAAUCGCCUCACAUCAAUGGAGGAUUAACGCUCCCAUCUGCAGAACCCGAGUUCGACCUCGAGCGCGAACGUCGACAGAACUUUCCUGCAUAUUACAGCGAGGCGAACCAAGAUCCUGACAUACCUGAAGUCGCAGAGACCACAGAGGACCUGGUUAAGCAGAUGUGGCCAGGCUUCAAACCGGGAGCUAUCUUGAACUGGAACGAUCUCCUACCACCGAAGCUAGCACACUUCAUUCCGAAAGUCCCUGUCAAACCACCCAAACCCCUCGUACCCACCAAAGUCAGCCUGGAUCUCGCUCCUGACCAAGAGAAAUCUUUCCGAUCAGCAACGUCUGCAUCUUCAGAUAAGCGCAAGCGUUUAUUGGAGGCAGAGACCAAAGGAAUAGUGACAAUCGAAGAAGAGUCUUCCGCUGAGGAGAGCGAAGAAGAUGACUUCGACUACUCCCUUCCGGAUCCAAAUGAGAGGAUAGGAGGGGUGACUUGGGCAGAUCUUGAGAUCAUCUGUCAAGAUUGGGAUUCGAAGAUCAAUCCAGUACGUGCAGAACUACAACCUGCGGAAGCUCUAGAGGAAGAGCCCAUGGAUGAAUGGGAGCAGGAGGUUCUCGGACAUUCUGCCAAGCGAAGAAAAACCACGCACGAAGAGCCAGACUACAUGAACAUUCCGCGAUUUCCAGUUCCUAACUUGGAUGAUUUCGAGGCAGCCACGGCCAAGAUUGCUAAGCGCGUGGUACUGGAUCUCAACGACCCCUACCUUCUUCUUGACGUGCAAGAGUACAACCCAGCUCCGAAGCGGCAAAAGCUCAGUGGUGGGCGCUUCAAGCGGACAGGAAAGGGCGGUCUUUCAGCCAGUCUCAGUUCACGGUUCAAUAUCUCCAACGAUGAAGCAUAUGAUGCACUGAAAGAAAACCAUCAAAGCAAAGUUCGUGCAACUCUUGGAAAUGUGUCUGUCGAACACAGCAUGCCAGCUCUCAAGCUUCAGUGGCCAUAUUACAGAGUCAAGCUCUACACUCGAGACGCUCGCUCAUUCCAUCGACCAUCUCUCAAGUUCAACAGAUUCGUUGGACAGACCAUACAAUUUUCUAAGCCUGGUAUGCGGAAGAAGAAAACCCUCAAGGGUCUGCCGAUAGAAGAGAUCUUCAAGGAGUCUAAGGAUCUCUCACUUGCUGAUCAUUAUUCUACCGCCACCUUGCUUGAAUACUCCGAAGAGCAUCCUACAGUGCUUUCGAACUUUGGUAUGGGUAACCGUAUUAUUAAUUACUACCGACGCAAGGAUGCCGAAGAUGAAGAGAGGCCCAUGCCUGAAGACAAAAUUGGUGAUGUGAAUGUACUUCUUCCCGAAGAUAAAUCUCCAUUUGCAAACUUUGGAAUGGUUGAUCCUGGAGAGACGGUGCGCGCGAUCCACAACGCUAUGUACAGAGCUCCUAUCUUCAAACACACACCCAAGAGCACCGACUUCUUAGUCAUUCGCAAUAGCACGGGUAUCGGCGGUACCAAUUGGCAUAUUCGCAACAUCGAUAACCUCUUUGCCGUAGGACAACAAUUCCCCUCUGUCGAGAUCCCUGGACCACAUUCUCGAAGGGUUACGAACGCUGCGAAGAAUCGCAUGAAGAUGAUCGCAUUCAGAAAAAUCAAGCACAGUCCCCAUCACAAUUUGAAGAUCGGAGAAAUUACCGAACAUAUUGCAGACUCGAGUGAUAUGCAGAAUAGGCAGAAGCUCAAGGAAUUCAUUAAUUAUGACAAGACUGAGAAGGUCUGGAGAAUGAAGCACGGUGAGACCAUACCUGAUGAAGCCACCAUUCGCUCCAUGGUCAAGCCAGAAGACGUCUGCGUGAUCGAUGCAAUGCAGGUUGGUUCGCGAUAUCUUGAGGAUGCGGGUUAUGCUGCUCAAGACUACGAUGAAGAUAAAGAUGGUGCCAUGGAAGGAAAAGACCUCGAGCAGAAAUUAGCUCCUUGGUAUACGACCAAAGCCUUCAUUGAAGCAUCUCAAGACAAAGCCAUGCUUGAACUCCAUGGUGCAGGGGAUCCUUCGGGUUGCGGGUUGGCGUUCAGUUUCAUCAAGACAUCCAUGAAAGGAGGUUACAUUGGUGCUCUUCAGGGGCCGGCCGCAACCUCGGAAGCUGCCAUACUGGCAGAGAAAAAGGCAAAUGGUGGUCAUACCUAUAAUGUUAGAAAGCAACAAGCUCUAUACAACGACGCCAUUCGCGAUAUCUGGGAGAAGCAGAAGGCAAACCUGUCCAACACCACUGAGCCUGUUGAAGAUGAUUUGGAACGUGAGCAAGCGGAUGAGGAUGAAAGAUUUGGUGUUGCACAGACUCCUCAUUCCACAGCAGCUUUUGAUGACUCUGCUAGUCAGUUCAGCGUAGGUGAGCAACGAAGUAGCAGGGCGAUGCGCAUUACCCGCACCUAUAUCAACAAAAAUGGGCAACCCGAAGAACGAUCUGAAAUCAUCAAGGAUGUUCGAGUUUGGCGUGAAUAUCGGAAGCGUCGCUACGCACUCGAAGCUGAGACUUUGAAUGUAUACGAAGCAAAACCUACAGGUAAUGCCGAAUUCGACAGACAGGAAGCUCUCCGUAUUAAGGAAGAACUUGCUCGUCUGGAAAGAAACAAAGAGCGCCGCCAUGCUCGUGAGAAGGCAAAGGCGCCUCGUGCGUCGGCGGUUGAAACAGCCAAUGCUGGCUCCCCAUCCACCCCCACGCAAUCUAUCGAGAAGCCUACCGGAACCACGAGAAAAUGUGCAAAUUGCGGACAAGCAGGACAUAUCAAAACGAAUAAAAAGCUCUGCCCGAUGCUCAACGGUACGAUGAAGCCGGAGGAUAGCAUGCCUAAUCAUGGUGGCUUUGGGGCUAUCACCGCGCCGUCGUUUGGUUGAUGGCCAUCACCAACACGCAUAAAUACCGCCUCUUCUCCUCUCCCAUCCCCUUACACACAUUUUCACACCUUUUCCACCGAUGCGAUUUGUCGCUGGGUCGACUGCUGGAGGACAGAAUAUAGUAACAUAAGCUCCUUUUGCGAGGCGCUCACGAGGGUUGUUUAGCCGGCUGAUCAGCAUGGAGGUUCCCUCGUUUUUCACUUCUCUGUACAAUACUUUGGUCGGUAGAGGCCGCAAUGCAUUCUGGGUGUUUUUCAAUGAGACGCGCGGGUCUGGGAGCAAGAAGCACUUUGUUUCUGGGAGUUAUGGAUGGGCUCGGAUGACGUGGACCUGAGAUGGGAACAAGGCCGAGUUGUAUGACCUUGCAGGUCAGGGCCAUAUCUGUGUAAUGAGCGGUGCGAUGAAAACAGACUUCCAAUCAGAGAAUGAAACGUUAAUAGAGACAAUAAUUGACACGAAUCAGAAGCAGAUGAG